CAAUCAAAAGGUUUCAUUUGCGUAAAGGCUGCAAUCCGAUUGGGUACUGCUUGACGCAUGCAUGGAAGUCGGAGCAAACAGCCGGCGAAGUAACCCUGGAACUGAAUGCUGGGCAUGGAAAGGCUUGGGUCGUGGUUAUGGACAGGCUGCUUUUUUGACGGUGUCUCACUUGUCACGCAACAAUGGAUCUACCAGAGGAGCACUUGGAUGGGCUCAAAGUUAUUGCAACAUUGUCCGACAAGCCCUUCAAAGCUAUUGUGAAGCGGGCUGUUCUGGAUGGAACAGAUCCAUCAAAGAGGGAACAUGUCUCAUCACUCCUGGUGAAGUGCCCAGACCUGGCCGCUGACCAGGUGCACCGCUGCCACGCUGCCCUGCUGGCCACCUUCGUCGAGCACGUGCGUCGUUCGCCGUCGGACUCCGACCCGGCGGGCGAGGCGCGGCUGGCUACGACGCUGGAGGAGGCCGGCUGGACGGCCGAGCGGCGGACCGCACUGCUGGAACUGGCGGCGCAGGCGCGGCCGGCGGCGCGUCAACUGUUGGCAAGGGUCGGCUAUGAGCCGCCGCGGCUGGUCGACGUCAGGUGGCGCGAGGUGGUCACGGUGCAGUCGAGCGUGGCCGGCGCGGCCGCGAACCGGCCGCACUUCGAGGUAACGUUCGUAAUGCUGCCGUCUGACGGCGCCGCUCGGGAGCUGACGCUCACCUGCUCACGCGAGCGGCUGCAAGAGACGGUGACCUCACUGCGGCAGGCGGUGCGCGCGCUGGAGACGAUCGCCGACGGCUCGGCCUCGCUUCCCGAGCCGUGACGGCUCGCCUGGCGGGUUGUGCCGGUCAGUGACGCCUCGCCUCGCCUCCCACCGUGUCGUGGCAGCGGCCCGCCCAGCAACCUGUGUGGAUGGACAUCUCCGUCCGAGCCGCGCCUCCGCCCGGAGUGUGACGUCUCACCCGCGGCGGGUUUGCCUCGCCUUGCGAAGCGGACUGAGUCCGCCUCGCGAAGCGCGCCGGGUCCGCCUGGCGAAGCGGGUGGGGUCCGUCUGGCGAAGUGAGUCAGGUUCGCAUGACGAAGCAGGUGGGGUCCGCCUGGCGAAGCGGGUCUGUCUCACCUUGCGAAGCGGGCAGGGUCCGCCUGGCGAAGCGGGCCGGGCUCGCCUCGCCUCUCGCGUCGCACUGCGUCGGGAUGUGCGUGUGUGACGGACGGAGUUCGCCCCGCAGCAGACCGCAAAAGCAGCACUGUGGGAGGAGACUACCCAACCGUGGCUGUUAUGGGCCGGGCUGGGACGCUCGGUAGUGGCUGGUGGCUGCGGGAAGCGUGUUACGCUGUGUUACGACAUGAUAUACCAGAUUAUGCAUCAGAUAGGUGUGUGACGUGUCGGUUGCAGGCAGGUGACGCGUGCGUCCAUGGGUCGUGCUGAUAUGCGUUGUCAAACGAGCGAAGCGCGAGUUAUUCCUGUCUGGCAAGCGCGAUUGUCUUGAUGCGGAAGUGAAGAAGGCACUGUUUUUGUUUGUCGUGAUGACAAUCGAGGAUUUCCAUGGACAACUGAAUUCAUUAGGCAUGAGAUAAGCAUGCGUAUUGAGCGAAAUCUGGAACAUUGCAGUAAAUUUUCCACACCCCUGUGACACUGCAAUCUGUGAUCGUUUCCAUAAUUCAGAUGGAGUGAUAAAUAUCCUCUCUAUGAUGUAACUCAGCUUUGGUGUAAUAUAGUGUGAUACUCGCAUAGCUAUCUAUGCCAUUUAUAUCAGCUGAAUAUUGCAGUACGUGGUAUAAUACAUUCAU